AUGAUACAAGCCACUAUUUCCCUCCUCCUUCUGCUCGUCUGCCUGUGUGCUUGUGAUACUCAUGCUGAUAUCCUUGGGGAUCUGGAGGCAGAUGUACCUGUUCCAGUUCUACCUGAAGAUAAUAUUAACUCAAUGACUAAUUCACUUUAUGUUCCAAAAUCUGCCCCAUAUCCAUUGGACCUGAUGCAUCAGAUUUUAGAGACAUAUAGACAGCACACGGAGAAGGAGGAGUCCAGUGAAAAGGAGAAGAAAACACAGAUACUUUUAAAAGGCCGUAGUACCAGUCUACAAGCCUCAGAUAAAAAUAAAGAACAAUUUGAAGCAACAUCCAUGCCAGAGCCUCAAAGUGUGUCAGAAAAAGUGGACAUAAAAAAUCCCAAAAUAUAUGCAUUUUUUAAAAAGAAUGAAGGUAUUCAGCACAAGGACAUUAAACCCAUACCAAAAUCUAUUGUAGCAGCUUGCAUCUCAGUCCCUGGUAUCCUUGUGGCUAUGAUAAUAUUGAUGCACAUAGUUUCUUCGAAGUAUUUGAAGAAUAAAGAGACAAAACUAAACCCCAUCUGUGAAUCAGCGGAUCUACAGAUCAGUCCUCCAGAAAAGAAUCAAUUAAAGAUUGAAGAUCAAAGAUGA